UUGCACUGAGAGCUGGACUCAGACGAAGAGGGACGGCUGUGAAGCUUACCGAGGGUGGAGAAGCCAGCACCCACCAGGGCACCGGGGACUGGGACAAAAAGGAUAACCAGCAACAAGGCAUAAGGGGGAGAAAGUGCACCGACAGAAGGAGUUGUUAGCAGGAGGAGUGCUGACAUUAAACAGAAGAUGAGUACAUACACAGUGACUCUGAAUGGCCCCGCUCCAUAUGGCUUUAGACUACAGGGAGGAAAGGAUUUCAACAUGCCCCUCACCAUCUCCAGGAUAACCCCUGGCAGCAAGGCAGCAGGCGGCACUCUGGUCCAGGGCGAUAUCAUCUCAGCCAUCGACGGGGUCAGCACUGAGGGGAUGAGCCACCUGGAGGCCCAGAACAAGAUCAAGUCAGCAAUCAACAAACUUACUCUCACCAUGCAGAAAUCCAGACGUCCUGUUCCAGUUCCCACGGCAGCUCCAAGGAUGGACUCACCAAUGCCCGUCAUCCCACACCAGAAGGUCAUUGCAAACACAGCUGCAAACAUGGAGUACACCCCCAGCUUCAACCCCAUAGCUCUGAAAGACUCAGCCCUGUCUACCCACAAACCCAUCGAAGUAAGGGGCCCAGGAGGAAAAGCUACUAUCGUUCACGCUCAGUACAACACACCAAUCAGCAUGUACUCACAGGACGCCAUCAUGGACGCCAUUGCAGGACAGUCACAGGCCAAAGGACACGACAGCGAGGAGGCCGGUUCUCCUUUGGCUGGAGUUCUCCCAAUCAAGGAGCCAGUGGUGGACUGUGCUUCUCCUGUCUACCAAGCAGUGAUCAGGCCAGCAGACAAAAACCAGGACAUGUCUGAGUGGGCUCGCCGUGCUGCCAACUUGCAAUCGAAAAGCUUCAGGAUGCUAGCUCAUAUCACUGGCACUGAAUACAUGCAAGAUCCAGAUGAGGAAGCGCUGCAGAAAUCAAGAGAGCGGUUUGAGUCAGAGGUCAAGGGGCCGCGCUUCGCCAAGUUGAAGAACUGGCACAACGGAUUGUCUGCACAGAUCCUCAAUAUCCAGUAAAAUGGAGGAGAGGUGUAUCAAAGCGAGGGAAGUAACAGAAGGAAGGAGGACAUGUAAACAUGGGAAGAAUCCAAGGAGUGAACAGGAGGUGAAGUUAAAUUAUGAGGGAAAAUGAAGAGAGAAACUUCCCAGGAGAGUGAGCUAUAGCUGUUGCCUAGAUUAGUUAAAAAUGUAUUAAUAUGCAUACAUGUUAGUAUGAGAACGCUAUGUGUUUAUAAGUUUCAGGUGUCAAUAUAUCUGCCGACUAUUCAGACCUUCUCUCAUGUUUAGGUUCUUUCUUUUAAUGUCCUGAUUAUUGGAGUUCUCUUAGA